CGUCUCUUCUGUUUGUUAAAGGAUGGCGCUGGACAGUAACGCAGCUGAUAGAACUCCAUAUUUUGGUAACCAUAACUUGACGGAGACAUCAUAUUCUGGUGCAAAAGACCGUCAUCCAUUGUCUACAUCUUCUCUACCCCCUCCAGUGGAGCAACAAUGGCAACAUUUCAUUGAGCCACAAUGGCAACAUUUCAUGGAGCAACAAGGGUUUGAUUGGUCCUCUGCUAGGAAAAUAUAUGAGUUGACCGGUGCGCAUGAAAAUCAAGCUUCUACUACAUUGAUUGGUUCUCAAGAGUCGAGCAGCGGCACUAUUUCCAACUACCACAAUGGAAACCCGGCACCUGGAAGUUUCCACCCUGCACAGUUGAAUUAUGAGAGAGGGUGA